CGGUCUCAGGUGUGCUCGAUCCUCUCCGGCGUCUCCCAAGCUCAAUAGUGAGUCUCCAUCUUUUCUUAUCCAUCACAGUUGAUCAUGCAUGACAUAUCAUCAGCCUGCCUGGGCCCGUCCUUCGAUCCCGCCGCUGCGAUCUCUCCAUCGUCCAUCGCCCAUCCCAGUCUCCAGGCCUCGAGCCCGGAAUUCCCUCGCAAGCUCUCGAGGUCAACUGCGCCCCUUUAAUUCGUCAGCGGAUGCAUCGGUGGCUUUCGUCUAUUUUCCCUCUGCCUCUGGGCCUCGUUGCACUAAUCUUAUUCUCACGGUCCCUGUCCACAUUAUUCCUAUUCCCUCGGACAUUCUUACUUUUAUUUUUAUUCUGGCCCUCCUUGCUCUUCCUACCGUGGCUGCUUCUGCUGCUGCUUCAGCACCGGCCCCAACACUUUCGCCAUCGGUGGGCCUCUAUCGAUGUAGGAGUGGUCCUCGAGCUCUCAUCCUCUGUGGAUCGCUUUCUUUCUUCGACCAGUACCUAUUGUCUGACCAGCGACCGGGAUCUUGGAGUAUUAGCCAGUCACCACCUCGACUGUCCGAUCCUGUCCUCCAAAUUGGAGUCGAAAAGCACUGAGAACGGGCCAUCACCUGGGUGAUCCAAGGCUUAAACUCUCGAGGUCCACCUCGCCUUCAUCCAUUCUCCGAGCAUUCAGGGGAUCUGACAUAUCGAACCUUACCACACCAUUACUAUGACUUUUCAUCCGCGCGAAAAGGGGCGGAUGGCAAAAUCUGGAAGGUCAGAGGAGGAAUUC